AUGCGGUUGGACUGCAGAUGGCUCCUGUUGCCAAUGCUGGCACUUUUCGUCGAAGCGAGAGAUGCACGAGCAUACCGUGGAGGCAAGGCAGAAUACAUGAAAGCGGAUCGUAAAGGCGAAACCCAGUUUCAGCAUCAGAAAACUAUCGAUGGAGCCGUACUCGGAUGCUUCGGAUAUGUUGAUGGGCAGGGGAAAAUGUAUGUCACUCACUACUUGGCCGAUGUUGCGGGAUAUCGGAGCGUAAGCUUGUCUGCACCAGAUAAAAUAACUCAGGACCGUCUCAAAUUGCUGAGAAACGGUGAAGAUGGCCCAGUGGCAGAUCUAUUUCCGGUCGACUGUACAGAAGAAGGAGAUUUUGGGAAAUUGAAGCGGAUGGCUGAUAAGAUAAAGAAGGAUUUUGAGAGCGGUACUGAUGAUGACGAACCACAGAGGAAAUCUCCCGCUUACGACAAAAAAGAAAAUCCGACCAAUCCGAGUGAAAUUGGAAAUGUUCCAAAAACUAGCGAUGCACCUAGUGACAGUCCAAAAGCGAAAAAAGAGCCGUCAGAUACAAAAUCUAAUGAGACACCAAACGAAAAACAAAAUGUUCGACUGAUAAACGUUAGGGAUCCGAGUACGUUUGGAAAACCGUUACAGAAACUAGCAGAAAGCUUAAAAUCACCGUUUAGAAAAUCACCAUCUAAACCAGAUGGCAAUGAAGCUAAAAUGGAUCCAGUAAAAUCAGAUGAUUCACAGAAAAACCACGACCCGAAGUCUUCGAACCCACCACAGCAAGAGGACCAACCGCAACCUAAAACGGGAUUGGAAACACCUUUAGAAAAUAAAAAGAAUCCAUCUGAGAAGCCAGAACCUGCAAGCAAGAACAAGAAGCCCAACGACGAUGCAAAGGAAUCUGACAAGCCUGAAGAUCAACAAGACGAUUCGAGCGCGGAGAAGCCCGAGGACGAUGAUCCCAAGCAAUCGCCGAAGUCAGGAAAGGAACCAAGCAAGGCCGACAAAGAACCCUCCAAGUCUCAACCCAAGAAGGGAUCUGACAAGCCUGCAAGCAAGAACAAGAAGCCCAAUGACGAUGAAAAGGAAUCUGACAAGCCUGAAGAUCAACAAGACGAUUCGAGCGCGGAGAAGCCCGAGGACGAUGACUCCAACGAUCCCAAGCAAUCGCCGAAGUCAGGAAAGGAACCAAGCAAGGCCGACAAAGAACCCUCCAAGUCUCAACCCAAGAAGGGAUCUGACAAGCCUGCAAGCAAGAACAAGAAGCCCAACGACGAUGCAAAGGAAUCUGACAAGCCUGAAGAUCAACAAGACGAUUCGAGCGCGGAGAAGCCCGAGGACGAUGACUCCAACGAUCCCAAGCAAUCGCCGAAGUCAGGAAAGGAACCAAGCAAGGCCGACAAAGAACCCUCCAAGUCUCAACCCAAGAAGGGAUCUGACAAGCCUGCAAGCAAGAACAAGAAGCCCAACGACGAUGCAAAGGAAUCUGACAAGCCUGAAGAUCAACAAGACGAUUCGAGCGCGGAGAAGCCCGAAGACGAUGACUCCAACGAUCCCAAGCAAUCGCCGAAGUCAGGAAAGGAACCAAGCAAGGCCGACAAAGAACCCUCCAAGUCUCAACCCAAGAAGGGAUCUGACAAGCCUGCAAGCAAGAACAAGAAGCCCAACGACGAUGCAAAGGAAUCUGACAAGCCUGAAGAUCAACAAGACGAUUCGAGCGCGGAGAAGCCCGAGAACGAUGAAGACGAUUCGAGCGCGGAGAAGCCCGAGGACGAUGAUCCCAAGCAAUCGCCGAAGUCAGGAAAGGAACCAAGCAAGGCCGACAAAGAACCCUCCAAGUCUCAACCCAAGAAGGGAUCUGACAAGCCUGCAAGCAAGAACAAGAAGCCCAAUGACGAUGAAAAGGAAUCUGACAAGCCUGAAGAUCAACAAGACGAUUCGAGCGCGGAGAAGCCCGAGGACGAUGACUCCAACGAUCCCAAGCAAUCGCCGAAGUCAGGAAAGGAACCAAGCAAGGCCGACAAAGAACCCUCCAAGUCUCAACCCAAGAAGGGAUCUGACAAGCCUGCAAGCAAGAACAAGAAGCCCAACGACGAUGCAAAGGAAUCUGACAAGCCUGAAGAUCAACAAGACGAUUCGAGCGCGGAGAAGCCCGAGGACGAUGACUCCAACGAUCCCAAGCAAUCGCCGAAGUCAGGAAAGGAACCAAGCAAGGCCGACAAAGAACCCUCCAAGUCUCAACCCAAGAAGGGAUCUGACAAGCCUGCAAGCAAGAACAAGAAGCCCAACGACGAUGCAAAGGAAUCUGACAAGCCUGAAGAUCAACAAGACGAUUCGAGCGCGGAGAAGCCCGAAGACGAUGACUCCAACGAUCCCAAGCAAUCGCCGAAGUCAGGAAAGGAACCAAGCAAGGCCGACAAAGAACCCUCCAAGUCUCAACCCAAGAAGGGAUCUGACAAGCCUGCAAGCAAGAACAAGAAGCCCAACGACGAUGCAAAGGAAUCUGACAAGCCUGAAGAUCAACAAGACGAUUCGAGCGCGGAGAAGCCCGAAGACGAUGACUCCAACGAUCCCAAGCAAUCGCCGAAGUCAGGAAAGGAACCAAGCAAGGCCGACAAAGAACCCUCCAAGUCUCAACCCAAGAAGGGAUCUGACAAGCCUGCAAGCAAGAACAAGAAGCCCAACGACGAUGCAAAGGAAUCUGACAAGCCUGAAGAUCAACAAGACGAUUCGAGCGCGGAGAAGCCCGGGGACGAUGACUCCAACGAUCCCAAGCAAUCGCCGAAGUCAGGGAAGGAACCAAGCAAGGCCGACAAAGAACCCUCCAAGUCUCAACCCAAGAAGGGAUCUGACAAGCCUGCAAGCAAGAACAAGAAGCCCAACGACGAUGCAAAGGAAUCUGACAAGCCUGAAGAUCAACAAGACGAUUCGAGCGCGGAGAAGCCCGAGGACGAUGACUCCAACGAUCCCAAGCAAUCGCCGAAGUCAGGAAAGGAACCAAGCAAGGCCGACAAAGAACCCUCCAAGUCUCAACCCAAGAAGGGAUCUGACAAGCCUGCAAGCAAGAACAAGAAGCCCAACGACGAUGCAAAGGAAUCUGACAAGCCUGAAGAUCAACAAGACGAUUCGAGCGCGGAGAAGCCCGAGGACGAUGACUCCAACGAUCCCAAGCAAUCGCCGAAGUCAGGAAAGGAACCAAGCAAGGCCGACAAAGAACCCUCCAAGUCUCAACCCAAGAAGGGAUCUGACAAGCCUGCAAGCAAGAACAAGAAGCCCAACGACGAUGCAAAGGAAUCAGACAAGCCUGAAGAUCAACAAGACGAUUCGAGCGCGGAGAAGCCCGAGGACGAUGACUCCAACGAUCCCAAGCAAUCGCCGAAGUCAGGAAAGGAACCAAGCAAGGCCGACAAAGAACCCUCCAAGUCUCAACCCAAGAAGGGAUCUGACAAGCCUGCAAGCAAGAACAAGAAGCCCAACGACGAUGCAAAGGAAUCUGACAAGCCUGAAGAUCAACAAGACGAUUCGAGCGCGGAGAAGCCCGAGAACGAUGAUCCCAAGCAAUCGCCGAAAUCAGGAAAGGAACCAAGCAAGGCCGACAAAGAACCCUCCAAGUCUCAACCCAAGAAGGGAUCUGACAAGCCUGCAAGCAAGAACAAGAAGCCCAACGACGAUGCAAAGGAAUCUGACAAGCCUGAAGAUCAACAAGACGAUUCGAGCGCGGAGAAGCCCGAGGACGAUGACUCCAACGAUCCCAAGCAAUCGCCGAAGUCAGGAAAGGAACCAAGCAAGGCCGACAAAGAACCCUCCAAGUCUCAACCCAAGAAGGGAUCUGACAAGCCUGCAAGCAAGAACAAGAAGCCCAACGACGAUGCAAAGGAAUCUGACAAGCCUGAAGAUCAACAAGACGAUUCGAGCGCGGAGAAGCCCGAGGACGAUGACUCCAACGAUCCCAAGCAAUCGCCGAAGUCAGGAAAGGAACCAAGCAAGGCCGACAAAGAACCCUCCAAGUCUCAACCCAAGAAGGGAUCUGACAAGCCUGCAAGCAAGAACAAGAAGCCCAACGACGAUGCAAAGGAAUCUGACAAGCCUGAAGAUCAACAAGACGAUUCGAGCGCGGAGAAGCCCGAAGACGAUGACUCCAACGAUCCCAAGCAAUCGCCGAAGUCAGGAAAGGAACCAAGCAAGGCCGACAAAGAACCCUCCAAGUCUCAACCCAAGAAGGGAUCUGACAAGCCUGCAAGCAAGAACAAGAAGCCCAACGACGAUGCAAAGGAAUCUGACAAGCCUGAAGAUCAACAAGACGAUUCGAGCGCGGAGAAGCCCGAAGACGAUGACUCCAACGAUCCCAAGCAAUCGCCGAAGUCAGGAAAGGAACCAAGCAAGGCCGACAAAGAACCCUCCAAGUCUCAACCCAAGAAGGGAUCUGACAAGCCUGCAAGCAAGAACAAGAAGCCCAACGACGAUGCAAAGGAAUCUGACAAGCCUGAAGAUCAACAAGACGAUUUGAGCGCGGAGAAGCCCGGGGACGCAGGGAAGGGAUCUGACAAGCCUGCAUCUAAACCGAGUGACUCCAAUGACGUUUUGGCUGCCAUUAGCAGAGUGUUGCCGGUGAUUCGUGAUUUAGGAAAGCCUUUGGCUAGCCGUUUUUCAGAAGAUAAACCUUCGAUGAGUCCAAAGGCGACCGCACCAUCUCCUACCGACAGUGAUGUGUACGAUGAGGUAGAUGAUGAAGAGGAUACUGACUCGGUUGAUGCAGGUACACCAGAGAAGCAACAGGCAAGCGAUCCGGAUAAACCGAGCCAAUCGAAACCGGAGUCAUCUGAUACAGGCAAUUGCAUCGAAAUUAUACUGCGGGUACCUACCGACGCUAGGCAUGUGAUUGUGCGGACCGAAAAUCCAAAGUUUAAAACGCAAGAUGGUGCUUCGCUGAACGAGUUGGUAAACAAAAUUGGACCUGGUGUGUAUGAUGUUCAGUUGGCCAAGUUUGAUAAGGUGGUGUUUGAAAAGUAUGAUAAAUCUUCAUCUGAAGCAGAACCAGAAACACCCAAGAACCUAGGAAAGGCAUUCAACUAUGAUGAGCUGGUAGCGAAACCAAGGAAUUCUGUGUCGAAAGCAAGAGUACCGGAAAAUAGGACAAAUGCAUACCUUCCGAAGGUUAGUAACGCUCGAUCGCGUGUUGGCGAUGCUGAUGAGAGGAAGGCAAAAUCGGCUAGGGAUGAAAAUGGGCCAUCCAAUCAGCGUCGUAUACCAGACAGAUUCAUGGCAAUGGGACGACGAGGUUGAACAUGAAAGUUUGAAAUUGAGGAUGAAGACUGGCUGGGAAAGGGAAACACAUCGGCAGGAU